GCCGCCCGGCGGGGGCGGGGGCGGGUGCAGACGAGCGGGAUGUCGGCGGCGCGCAGAAAGUUGGGCGAGGAGUACGAGGCUGCGGGGGCGGCGCGGCGGGGCCGGCGGCAGCGCCAGCGCUUCGUGGACAAGAACGGGCGCUGCAACGUGCAGCACGGCAACCUGGGCGGCGAGAGCAGCCGCUACCUCACCGACCUCUUCACCACGCUGGUGGACCUCAAGUGGCGCUGGAACCUGCUCAUCUUCCUGCUGACCUACACGGUGGCCUGGCUCGUCAUGGCCUCCAUGUGGUGGGGCAUCGCCUACCUCCGCGGCGACCUGCACCGCGCGCACGACGCGGGCUACAGCCCCUGCGUGGCCAACGUGUACAACUUCCCGUCCGCCUUCCUCUUCUUCAUCGAGACCGAGGCCACCAUCGGGUACGGGCACCGCUACAUCACGGAGCGCUGCCCCGAGGGCAUCGUGCUCUUCCUCUUCCAGUCGCUGCUCGGCUCCAUCGUGGACGCCUUCCUCAUCGGCUGCAUGUUCAUCAAGAUGUCCCAGCCCAAGAAGCGGGCCGAGACGCUCGUGUUCAGCCGCGCCGCCGUCAUCUCGCGGCGGGACGGCAAGCUCUGCCUCAUGUUCCGCGUGGGCAACCUGCGCAACAGCCACAUGGUGUCCGCCCAGAUCCGCUGCAAGCUCAUCAAGUCCCGACAGACACCAGAAGGGGAAUUCCUGCCAUUAGAUCAAUGUGAGCUGGAUGUUGGAUUUGGAACUGGAGCUGACCAACUGUUUUUAGUUUCUCCGUUAACAAUAUGUCACGAAAUCAACUCAAAAAGCCCCUUUUUUUGUCUAUCACAAAGAUCACUGAGAAGUGAGCAAUUUGAGAUAGUGGUCAUCCUUGAGGGGAUUGUUGAAACUACUGGCAUGACAUGCCAAGCUAGGACCUCUUACACAGAGGAUGAAGUCCUCUGGGGCCAUAGAUUUCUCCCUGUAAUGUCCUUAGAGGAUGGCUUUUUUCGUGUAGAUUACUCUCAGUUUCAUGCCACAUUUGAAGUCCCCACUAUGCCUUACAGUGUAAAGGAACAGGAAGAAAAUUUGUCUCUACCAUCCCCUUUGGAUACUCCUGCUGGUAACAAUAGAAGCAGAAGGGAACAGAUCUUCUCUCUUGACUGCAUUGAUAUGUUAGAAGAGAAAAACAAGCUUCCUAAUAAACUUCAGAAAAUUUGUUCAACAAAGGAAGACCUUCAGAAAAGAGUCCUGAGAGUGAGUUCCAGCAAUGUAGAGAAAGCUUGCAGCACUGGAGAUCUCUUAAAAAUUCAGCAAGUAAGUUCUACGCCCAGCAGUGAAGAUGAUGAUGGAAGAAUACACCUAAAGGCUUUUAAAAUCAAAUCCGAGAAUUUGACUCAGUCUACUGGAAAUCUUCAGUUCCAGCAAAAGUCUCCGGGUAUGCUUACCUUGGGGUCAAGGCUAGAGGAUAAUCUUCCUGCCAAACUUCGGAAAAUGAAUUCUGAUCGCCUCUCCUAAAUAAAAAAUGCAACAAGAGCUGUUGUAAAUAAACUGCAUUUGUAACUUCUGGAUUAUUUUGGAGUACUACUGUGAUAAUUUGGUUUUGCCAAAAGAUUCUUCAUAAUUAACACAUUUGAAAAUUAGUUGGUGUUUUUGUAUAAAUCUGAUAUGUGUAGUAGCAUGGUGAUUGUAAAGGGUGCUGUAGAGUUAGUUCAUUUUGCCAAAUAGGUGUCUGUCCUAAAGAUUUUUGCAGUGUUCCGACAGCAGUUUGGUUUAGUCUUCCAUCUUUCCAGUGUUCUUUCAAAAUAAAUGAGAAAACAGGUCCUUACCUAGG